AUGCAAUCUCUCAUUUCACUGCUCCUGCUACUGCUCAGUAUCACUGCUCUCGCCGCAUCCUUCCGUCUUCGACAAGAGGAUGAGGCGGAGCUGAUGGAUCUCGCCAAAUCGACGUCAACUGACCUGACAGAGGACAGCGUCGAGGAGGGGUAGGUGCUGGCACCUGCACGAAUUCCCGUGAAGCCGAUUGUGCGAGGUGCCUGGGAGUUGGCGAAGAGGCAUGGACCGAGAAUUGUGAACGGCGCCAAACGUGCCAUCGGUGCCGGUGUGCGGAAAGCGAAGGAGGUGGGUGGGAAGAUUGUGCGGGGUGCAAAGAGGGCAGGCAAGGCAGUGUGGGAAAGGCUGAGCGUUCCCGUCGAAUGGCCCUCCGACGAUGACGACGACUGAUACUCAGACGAUCAUCAAUGCCUUGGAUUUACCAAAUAUUCAGAAAUAUUAUACUGUACCUUUUUGCCAUUUGUCACAUUUAUAAUGCUAUUUUUAUAAAAUUUGUUUUUUUGGGAAUACGUGCAGGGAUGGGUGUGUCGAGGCAGGCAUAUACUCCUGUGCAAUAAUCUAAGCAUUCUACGAUAGGAUAGCAGAAAACCUCACACAUUUAAGGAAGUUGGAAAACUACACCAUAUGAUCAGUACAUGCGUGAAAGAUGCGUCCAUCUCCUACAUAUCGGGCUUUAGAUCGCAAUAACUUACUCCUAUUUCUUCAAGGGCAUAGUCUUUUUCUCAAACUUGGUAGCAUCGGUGAUUAAGUGGUUCGGGUUUUAUACGCAGGAGUGAUUGGUGACCCCGCAAAGCUCGCCAUAAUAUAUAUUUCGGGAAUUGAGCCCCCAGUGUCCACGCCGGCCUAAUAACUGAUGCUGAGAUCUAGAUGCGCGUCACCUACUGUCUUCAUAAUACCGGAGUGCACGUGCCCUUGUAUGGGAGAAUUUUGCAAAUAUUGCGUACACUGCUGUCCUUCAGGAACCUGACCAUUUAACCGUCCAUGGUGUUCACCAUUCUUCCAUAGCAGGCUGCGAAAAGCACGGCAACUUGCGCGUAAGUUAGUUUGAAGUUAAAUGAAACUUGCUCAGCUUCUAACGCACCCCCUACUCCCCCUCGCUUGCCAGAGCUCGGUGUCAAAACAUAGUUAAGAAGACCGGAAUUUUCAGAAACUUCCUACUUGUUCUACUUCCCUUUUUGUAUAUAUAUUUAUAUAUACUAUUUUUAUAACAUGGACUUUUGAAAGGAAGACUUCUUGAAAUGAAGUGUUUUGAGGUAUGCCUACGCUCCUGUCUGAUAAUUCCAGAUAUCCAGGCAUUUGCUAUGAGUGUGCAUUCACGAUAAUGCAUUCCAGAACUCCAUAGACCCAUAUUUAGGUCCAAAACGUCUUCCGCGUGGCAGGUUUUAGAGGCACAGUGAACUACGACUUGAGCCUGAGCCCAGGAGGCGUGCCAUCGCACACCGCAUGUGUGGCAUUUGUUGUAUGUGCGAACCCAACAUGCUGCUUGUCUGUUCAUUCACAGUGCAGCCCCUUGCAGGGACGCAUCAGUACAAAUUCCUUCGCACAAAAUCUAGCUCUGUUAAGCAAACCAAAUGGGGUUCGUAAAAGUAAGCAGUGGAUUUGAGGCAUGUUGUUAACUUUACAGGUCACAUUCGAAAAUGCAGAUACAUGACGUUUUACGAACGGCCAUUUCUUGGUCUUAAAAAACUCACGAGUAGAAACUCUUUUUCACACGGAAUUAUGUCCUUCUGUCGAGGAUGAAAUUGUAAGAAGACGUGUUUUUAUGGAAUAAGUAAGAGAAAGAAUAUAUCUAUCAUGUUAUCCAUGAAAUAUAGUUGAAUUUUCAAGGGCAUUGAAAAUCAAUGAGAAAAUUGCAUGCUAUAUAAGUAGUCAUUUUUUGCCGAAUGAAGUCCUUUCAUGCAGCCGGGAAGAGGUUCAUCCGAAAGCCGACACCCUGAGGUAACCGGAUCAUUAUAGAAUUAUGCUGCAUGAUGAUAACUUUUACAACCCUUAUUAAUUAAUCUUUUCGAAGCAAGAACGCAGUUCGAAGUUUCGGUUGACAUUUCAUGCGUUAGCCAAACUACUGUGAGUGCGCAUCCUAUAUAACGCCUGUCAGUUAAUCCACAGCGCGGCCCCUUGUAGAGGCGCAUCAGUACAAAUUCCUUCACACAAAAUCUGGCUGUGUUAAGCAAACUGUAUGACGCAGACUGUAGAUGCUGACUUCAGUCGAUGAAUCGUACGAAGGGUAUCAUUGGGCGCAUAGCAUGCACCGUUCGACACUCCGCCCUGAUGUGAGCCGACCCACAAACGGCUAUAUGAUGAUCACCACCACAAACUUUGGCUGUGCGAUGGGAGAUGCGCCAUUUCCUUCAGGCUGCUAUACGCCAUUCCAGUAAGGCUGCAUCCAUCGCACGUAGAAGUACGUGAAUAGGCAAAAACAUGGGAAUCAAGUGGAAUGGUUGAACACACUGCGACACACUCGAAAAAGUAAGUUGAGAAGACGAAUAAGGAAACACAAGUGUAGCUUAUCGUCAUUAAUAAAUAUUCGUCAAACGAGACUACCACCAUGAAGAUUAAAGGAAAUUCUCCGGAGUGUACGUUCGUGAGAUUACAAUUUCUAGGCAAUGUGUACUUUAGCAAUGCCUUAGAGCCAUUUUGAAAAAUCAGUUCGUCACACAUGUAGUUACACGGGUAAAUGGAGGAUUGACUUUGGGUCUCUACUGAAUAAACUUCAUAAGUAAAAAAUGAAGGGGUACCCUAACGAGUGCUUGAUUCCUGCACUAUGAAUGUACUCCGCAUUUGAGGAAGCUGACGAACCACCUGAACGCGAACAUGUAGGCAUCUAAGAUAAUUCCCAAAAUAGACGCGGACAUGCGAUCAUGCGGUAAGUGAGAAAUUCCACGCCCAACUGCCCGAAGUCCACCGAGUAAUAUUCAUCGCAACGGUACCGAAAGAACCCAACUUGCAUGUCAUCCGGUCAUCCGUCUGCUGAGAAAAACAGACAUGAUCAUUGAUUCUUUUGGAUAACUGAUAUAAUUCCACGAAGGUUUCUUAAAAAUACAUUAAGGGUCACUGGGUUGACAGACUCCUCAUCUCCUCUUCUUCUUGUCCUUCUUCUUCGGCCAUUCCAGCGGGAUGCUGACUUGGCGCCACACGGCUCUGCCGGCCCUCUUGGCACCCGCCCAGACCUUCCGACCAACCUCUCCGGCCUUUCGCGCACCGGCUGCGAUUGCGCGCCUAGCACCACGAACAAGCCGUGGGCCAUGGCGUUGGACGGCACGUAUUACGCCCCGCACAACUGGUCUCAGUGAAAUCCGCGCUGCGGCCAGGACCUCGUCGCCGUGCAGCUGGGAUUCCUCCAACUCCUCCUCCUCCGCUGUCGUGGUGCUCACCUCAUUCACCAGCUGGUCGAGGUGUGUUGCGUCUUGCGGCUGAAGGGAAGCCGCUAAAACAGUCAGUCCAAGGAGACAGAAAAGCACCACCGGAGACUGCAUGCUGUGCUAUGCACGAACGAUGCUUGCGGACGUUUAUAUAGCGGGGCAGAGGACUGAGACUACCGUCAGUGAUCGCAUUUACGGGGGCGUAGACUGCCAUGAAGUAGAGAGGCGUUUGUUUACUAGGUUCGGAGGCGGUCGAAGUCCUGACAUGUGUACCCGAGUAUGCCACGUGCUGGGAAUGAACGGUUAUACUCUCGUCUAGCACGACCAGUUCAGCUACCAUUCCAGCAGAAGUUGAAAGCGAUAAGUUUGAGGCGAAUGGAUUAUACCAAAAGAUGGGAUUAUUGGUUAGGCUGUGAGAGAAGUGAAGUUUACCGUUUCAUGUAAAACUGAUUUUAACGAAAGCAGCCGAUCUAAAUAGUGAAGAGCGUAUUUGUUUUUCAACUGAUUACUCGCCCUGAGGAUGAGGCUGCUAAACGUGCAGAGUUGAAACGUGUUCUUAUGUUAUUAUGUGUUCGGUGAAGAUUUUAAUAAGCAAACAUAUCCAAAGUUCCUGGAUUUAUUGUUAAAAUUACUGACUGCAUUUCUUUAGCUAAGGGAUUGAUCGCUGCACUUCGCGAAGAAAAGCUGCUGAAUCGAAAUAUAUUCGAAGGGUUCUUUGAGAGAAUGUCUGCCAGCGCAAAUUCGUCAGACGCUGCACAUGUUAGGGGCUCGGAAUCCACUCAACCGCCCUCUCACAACACGCAGGUUAUCAUAGUUGUAGAGAUCGGAAGCAGCUUCCAGCCAGAUGUCACAAGGUAGAAAGAGCCGCCGUCCCGUCAGAGAAUGACGUUUACUAGAUCCGUUACUGUUGAGGACAAACCAUCGCCAUCGGAGAAAUUGGACGAUAAUUGCGAAAGCGAAUAGCAGAUAAUGCAACAUCAGUGAGGUGGAAAAACGUCAACUACUACAUUGCAGCUAAUUCAAGAGGAAGAGUGUCCACAAACAUGAAAAUCAUUCAUUCCUACAUUCUGUUUCCUCUUUUUUGUGCAUCCAUGUCGCAGGCUGUGACUCUGAGGCGCUGGUCACCACGUCCACCCACGCGCUAGUGCGCGGUUUGCUGAUAUGAUUGGCAUACGCACGCACACACUGCGCUGGUCGCGGUUGCACGCCUAUAUAAACGGACGCCCCGUCCAGAUCAGGACAUCAACAUGCAAUCACUCACUUCACUGUUCCUCCUACUGCUACUCAGUCUAACUGCACUCGCCGCCUCCUUCCAUCUUCGGCAAGAGGAUGAGGCGCAGCUGAUGGAUCUCGCCAAAUCGACAUCGACUGACCUGACAGAGGAGAACGCCGAGGAGGAGGAGGUGUUGGCACCGGCACGAAUUCCCGUGAAGCCGAUAGUACGAGGUGCCUGGGAGUUGGCGAAGAGGCACGGACCGAGAAUUGUGAACGGUGCCAAACGCGCCAUCGGUGCCGGUGUGCGGAAAGCGAAGGAGGUUGGUGGGAAGAUUGUGCGGGGUGCGAAGAGGGCGGGCAAGGCGGUGUGGGAGAGGCUGAGCGUCCCCGUCGAAUGGCCCUCCUACGAUGACGACGACUGA